AUGUGUGACGAUGAGGAGACUACCGCCUUGGUGUGCGACAACGGCUCAGGGCUGGUAAAGGCUGGGUUCGCCGGGGAUGAUGCCCCUCGUGCUGUGUUCCCCUCAAUCGUUGGUCGCCCUCGUCAUCAGGACUCCUAUGUAGGUGAUGAGGCUCAGAGCAAGAGAGGUAUCCUGACUCUCCGUGUAGCCCCAGAGGAGCACCCCACCCUGCUCACUGAAGCCCCCCUGAACCCCAAGGCUAGUAUCGUUCUGGACUCCGGUGAUGGUGUCACACACAAUGUCCCCAUCUAUGAAGGGUAUGCUCUGCCCCACGCCAUCAUGCGUCUUGAUCUGGCUGGCAGGGACCUCACAGAUUACCUCAUGAAAAUCCUGACUGAGCGUGGCUACUCUUUUGUUACCACAGCUGAACGUGAAAUUGAGAAGAGCUAUGAACUGCCUGAUGGUCAGGUCAUCACCAUUGGCAAUGAGCGUUGCGACAUUGAUAUCCGCAAGGACCUGUACGCCAACAACGUCCUGUCUGGUGGUACCACCAUGUACCCUGGUAUUGCUGACAGAAUGCAAAAGGAAAUCACUGCCCUCGCCCCCAGCACAAUGAAGAUCAAGAUUAUUGCCCCACCUGAGCGUAAACAAGAAUACGAUGAGGCUGGACCCUCCAUUGUGCACAGGAAGUGCUUCUAA